AUGGACGCCAUCAAACAGACUUUCAAACGCUGCAAGGAGCAGAACAGGUCCGCACUGGUAACAUAUGUUACUGCUGGUUACCCCACGCCUGAAGAUACUCCCAACAUCCUCCUGGCUUUGGAGAAGGGCGGUGCUGACGUUAUUGAAGUCGGUGCGCCUUUUACCGACCCAAUUGCCGACGGCCCGACCAUUCAGACUGCCAACACCAUCGCCCUCAACAAUGGCGUCACAAUUGAGUCCACCCUGGGUAUGGUGAAGGAGGCCAGAUCUCGCGGUCUCAAGGCCCCCGUUAUGCUUAUGGGUUACUACAACCCUCUUCUCAGCUACGGCGAGGAGCGAUUACUCCAAGACUGCCACACAUCCGGCGUUAAUGGCUUUAUUGUUGUCGAUUUGCCUCCUGAGGAGGCUGUUUCUUUCCGAAAGCUCUGCAACAAGGGCCGUCUCUCAUACGUCCCUCUUAUCGCCCCCGCUACAUCAGACAAACGAAUGAAGAUCCUCUGCCAGCUCGCCGACUCAUUCAUCUACGUCGUCUCCCGCAUGGGUGUCACUGGUGCCACCGGUACCCUCAACGCAAACCUCCCCGACCUCCUCGAGCGAGUGAAAAAGUACAGUGGUAACAAGCCUGCCGCUGUUGGAUUCGGUGUCAGCACCCGAGAGCACUUCCUGAGUGUCGCAACUCUAUCAGAUGGCGUCGUCGUUGGCAGCCAAAUCAUCACUACCAUUAAGAACGCCGAGCCUGGCCAAGCUCUUUCCGAUGUCGAGAAGUACUGCGCCUAUCUAUCAGGCCGUGACUCUAAUGAGAACACACGGGAAGUUGGUUUGGCUGAGGCAGUUGCUGGUGCAAUGGAGCCUAGCGGCGAGAAUGUUACUGUUAGUGCUACUGUGACAGAUGCCGACAUCACCGCAGACGAGGACAGCGCCCUGGUAGCUCAGCUUGCUGCUCUACACGGCAAGAUCCCCGAGCGGUUCGGAGAGUUUGGUGGCCAGUACGUUCCCGAGAGUCUUAUGGACUGCCUCUCACAGCUGGAGGAUGGAUUCAACGCUAUUAAGGACGAUCCUUCAUUCUGGGAGGAAUACCGAUCUUACUACGAGUACAUGGGCCGACCCGGUCACUUGCACUUGGCAGAGCGACUUACCGAGCAUGCUGGUGGUGCUAACAUCUGGCUCAAGCGUGAGGAUUUGAACCAUACCGGCAGCCACAAGAUCAACAACGCACUGGGCCAACUUCUCCUCGCUCGAAGACUCGGAAAGAAGCGUAUCAUCGCCGAGACUGGUGCUGGACAACACGGUGUCGCUACUGCUACUGUUUGUGCUAAGUUCGGUAUGGAGUGUACAGUAUACAUGGGAGCCGAGGACGUCCGACGACAAGCCCUCAACGUUUUCCGCAUGCGCCUGCUGGGUGCCAAGGUUGUUGCUGUCGAGGCUGGUAGCAAGACUCUCCGAGAUGCUGUCAACGAAGCCCUCCGUGCUUGGGUCGUUGACCUUGACACUACCCACUACAUCAUCGGUUCUGCUAUCGGACCUCACCCCUUCCCCACCAUCGUCCGAACCUUCCAGUCCGUCAUCGGUACCGAGACCAAGCAACAGAUGCUUGAGAAGCGAGGAAAGCUCCCCGAUGCCGUCGUUGCUUGUGUAGGUGGUGGCAGCAACGCCGUUGGCAUGUUCUACCCUUUCCAGAAUGACCCCAGUGUUAAGCUUCUGGGUGUAGAGGCCGGUGGCGAUGGUGUUGAUACCGCGAGACACAGCGCUACCCUCACAGGUGGUUCCAAGGGUGUCCUGCACGGUGUGAGGACAUAUGUUCUCCAGGAUAAGCACGGCCAAAUUACUGAGACACACUCAGUCUCUGCUGGUCUUGAUUACCCUGGUGUCGGCCCUGAGCUGAGCUCUUGGAAGGAUAAUGAACGAGCCAAGUUCGUUGCCGCGACUGAUGCCGAGGCUUUCCUUGGCUUCAAGCUCAUGAGUCAACUCGAGGGCAUCAUCCCCGCCCUUGAGACUGCUCAUGGUAUCUAUGGUGCCAUCGAGCUUGCCAAGACAAUGAAGAAGGACGAAGAUAUCGUCAUCUGUGUGAGUGGUCGUGGUGACAAGGAUGUGCAAAGCGUUGCAGACGAGCUGCCCAAGUUAGGUCCCAAGAUUGGAUGGGAUCUCCGUUUCUAG